AUGGAACCUCGUGGACAUGAAAGCGUUGGCGUGCUGCGUGGUAUGGCUCUCCGCUCUCAUAGUGCAAAAGUUCCACUUGAUUCACAUAGACGACGGGUUGAGAUGGGUCUCGUGCGCGAACAAUGCUCCGGAAAUCAUGAGAAGGCUGAUAAAGAUAUCCUGCCUGUAGCUUGGCUCUUUGAGUUCUACGUCGACCGUCCAAAUACGUUUUACUUCUCGAUACGGAACAGUCUCAAAAGCCAAGUGGCUAGUGGGCUUGAGUUUGACGAUCUUGAACCUGCAUUUAUUUGGCUCCCGUCAUUUCCCUUACCGCUUGGUGUUGGUGUGCGGCCAUUCUGUGUGGGGGAGGGUGGCAUUGCAGACUUCUGGAAAUCCGGGGAAGGCAACGCAGAAGAAGGGAUGGCGGAUGCGAUGUGGCAUGUCGUGGUUAUCCAAGUGCAGGGUAUACAGAUUGUGGCUUUCGGCCUCUCUCGGUGCGCGGUGGACGAUCAGUGA